UCGGGGGGAAAUGGGGAUUGAAAUGGGGGCGACACAUUAAUUUUGUUUGCAGGUACAUGUAGUCUGCAGACGUAUUAAACACUAAAAAUAUAUGACUAUAGGCUAGGGGUUAGAAGCAAGAAUAUACUUGCUGGCUGAGACUUCGGUGGUGUACGGUGGUGUUGAUAUUUACUCUCUGACUCUGUUCUGAGGACCCGAUGAAUAUAAGAACUGUGUUUGUUGACACGGAGGCGCGACCGUCAAUGGUUUGUAUUACUUCUUAGGUUAAGGUAGUUCUUCAUCUAGGCUCGGAGGAAAUUUGAAAUCAUCGAAAGACCAUGAUGUCGAAGGACUUAACUAAGAAGAUCAUCACGUUUAGUGGACAGACAGCUGGAAGGGACAAAUUUUACAGAACCUGUCAGUAUGGUAGUAAGCUCCUAUGGUGGUGUCUUGAACAGGGCAGCGGGGAUCCAGACCUUAUCAGGAAAGUCAAGACGCUGGAGAAAACAAUCGGCACUAGUAGGAAAUUGUUUCGCUUCGGAAAGAGUUUUGACGCAAUCACCGCAGCAAUGAAGACAAUCCAUUUACCGGACGUCUUCCUCAGCUUCACCAUCACUCUCGCCAAACUCAACCAGUCAGUCUACCUCCUGAUAGACCACACCCUGUGGGCGCAUCGCAUCGGUCUCGUCGAGGUCGACAGCAAGCGGCUCUCAAACCUCUCCACCCGAUUCUGGCUGGCCACUCUCAUCCUGAACCUGUCAAGGGAUCUCUACGAACUCUCAAACGUGCUGAACGACGCGAUGGCCCUCUACGCAAAGCGCGUCGGCGGCGGCGGGAUCGGGAAUCACUACACUUCCAACGGGGUAGAUGGCCGAGACUCGCAGCAUUUAUCCACCAAUAAUAACAGUAGUCAGUUGGACUUUGUGAUCCUUUGCCUUCAGCAAAACAUGCCAGUCGUUCUGGAUUUAGUGAAGAACACGGCUGAUAUAUUCCUUCCGCUUUCAAGUCUUGGAUAUCUCCCAAUUCCAGUUGGAGUCCAGGGACUUUGUGGCCUUAUUAGCUCGCUUGUUGGACUGUCGACGGUGUGGGAGUCGACGCUCAAGAUACAACCAUAACAUUGCUCUCUUUUUAGUUGAAGCAUUUAUAUUAAAUAAGAAUAUUUUAAAUAAUAAUUGGAUGUAAACUCAUCAAAAAUUUAUUGUAAGGGAGCUUCUUAGGUCAGACAUGUUCUAGGUGCGAAGAAGGUCCAAUGGACCACUCCAUAGAUGCCCACUGGCAGGCCUGAUACUUCACGGAGGUACUGAGAAAAAAAUGCCUUGGUGCCCUUGCCCUUUCAAAAACGAAGCAUACAGCCCCGCACUGGAAUACUCUACUGAUCCAAAAUUUACGUUCCUACCGUUGCAACUUUUGAGACGCUCCCUAACAUGAAUGGUGUAUUUAUGUGUAGUUUUUUCAUGGUGGUGGAAGACUAAAUAAUGUGAAGUUCAAUUUUGUUUACUAUGGUCUCAGCAUUAAAUAUUCAAAUACUUUUUAAUUAAUUUGUUUUAUAUUGAAACUCGGUGCAGUUAACGUUUUAAGGACUUUAUUAUCACAUCCUGGGGCUGAAUUCACAAAGAGCUUCAAGAUUGAAGAUCUUAAAUGUGUAUCAAUCUUAAUUGCUUAGCAAAAUGUGUUGUCAGAACAGAAAACACUACGGCAAAACCGCGUAAUGACGUGUCAUGGCCUAGCGGUUAUGAUCAGCUGGAUGUGGUUCAAGUCCCAGUCGUGACAUAAAUGUGUCCUUAAAGC